AUAGGUCUCUUGGUUUAUGUGUCAGGAUAGCUGGUAGAAUAAAGAAAUAUAGUGCGUUAUCCAAAUUUUAUGUGUUCAGUUGGAGAAGAGGCGUCCAGAAAACUAAGCAAAGUUAGCCAGCUAAUAGUUAGCUUCCUUAGAUGGAAUGGAAACUGGUGCUAGCUAGAAGUUAAAUGAUACGUCUCUGUUUCAGUUACAAACAUUGGUCAAAUAAAAGAAAAUCAUUGUAUAAUAAUGGUGACAUUAGGAUAGAAAGUUAUAUGUAAUGGGAAGCAGUUCACCGCACGUUAAGUUUACAGUUUGCAGUGGCCAUUUACAUUAGGUAAAUGGCAGUGAGGAAGUGAAGUUGUAUUUCUCUUAAGUGAUGGCUGCAAUCAGAAAGAAACUAGUGAUAGUUGGUGAUGGAGCCUGUGGCAAGACCUGUCUGCUCAUAGUGUUCAGCAAAGAUCAGUUCCCCGAGGUUUACGUGCCCACAGUGUUUGAAAAUUAUGUGGCAGAUAUUGAGGUGGAUGGUAAACAGGUGGAGCUGGCUCUUUGGGACACAGCAGGACAGGAGGACUAUGACCGCCUGAGACCUCUCUCCUAUCCAGACACAGAUGUAAUCCUCAUGUGUUUCUCCAUUGACAGCCCUGACAGUUUGGAGAAUAUUCCAGAGAAGUGGACACCUGAGGUCAAGCACUUCUGUCCCAGUGUGCCCAUUAUUCUUGUGGGAAACAAGAAAGACCUGCGAAAUGAUGAGCACACACGUCGAGAGUUAGCUAAGAUGAAACAGGAACCAGUGAAGUCAGAGGAGGCAAGGGACAUGGCUAACCGGAUCAACGCCUUUGGUUACUUAGAGUGCUCAGCCAAGACAAAGGAUGGUGUGAGGGAGGUAUUUGAGAUGGCCACCAGGGCGGCGCUACAGGCCAAGAAACGAGGCAAAAAGAGUGGCUGCCUUCUGCUUUAAAGUGUCUCGCACAGCUCACGAGGGACUGGGUGGGAGGGGGAAACAAACCAAGCCAAGAAAACCAUCCCUCCUCUGUGUCUGCUUUAUCACCAGGGUGGGCAUAAUUACAUGGGGUGUUAGAGGGAUGAGGGACGAAAGUCAAACCAGGCCAAAGGGGGGGAAAAAGCAAGGUCAAAAACAAAAGAAAAAGGGAGUGUAUACAUUUAAGUCUGAAGUUAUAGCCUUAAGCUUUUAGUAAAAAAUCCUGUAAACUAGUGUGGAGGAUUCAUUAGACCUCACAUUUAGAGGGUGUGAAGAGAAGGGAACAAACUUUUGAAAGCAUGGGAGGGUAAGCACUGUGAGAAGAGUUUCCAGUUCUCUUGGUCUCCUCUGUCCUUAACUGUAGCCCUAUGGUUUGUGGUUGACACCCACUCCACAAGAGUCCAGGAAGUCAGUAGAGCCACAGCCGUGUGCCUGCUUAACUUAACUGUUGGAAGACUUCCAUGGCUUGCAGUGUGACUGUGCUUCUUUUUCUGUUUAGCCUUAUCAUUCUGUAAGUUGUUGUUGUUUUUCUCUCUUUCCAUUUUCCUUUGGAUACACAGACCAACCUAACUUUGCAUUUGACUUGUUUUUGUUUGAUUAAACUGUGGCAUUUGAUUCAACUUUGAUUCGUUUAAAAAGUUGAAAGUUUGAUUAUUGGCAUUUGAGCAGAGAUAUAUGAUGGUAAUGAGACCAACUUAUUUAAGUGUUUUAUGCAAGCUUGUUAAUGAAACAACAGUCAAAAAACUGUAUGAGUGAACUGAUGUGGACUGUCGAACACACUGUAUUAUCCUCUGGACAGUUGCUGUAAGUUCUCAAUCGGUAGCGGGGCCUUAAUGUUCCUUAGCUACAGAGAGGACCGGACAUUUAUAUUAAACGAGAUUGUAUUAGAGAAAAGCCUUUAAUUCUGAUUUCCUGAGUGUUAAAUUGUUUUAGUAUAGGUCAUCAUAUUUUAGUCACAAGCCUACAUGUUUUCUGAUGCGCUCCUGUUCUAAUAUGUUAUUGAUGUGAACACCUGUUGUUGUCAUGUACAGCAUUCCAUACUGAAAUGGUCAUGUUUUGUCAGUUCCACUUUUUUAACUCAAAUACUUUUUAUAGGUUACAGAUUAUUUUCAGUGACUGCAUUGUUUCUGUUUUUUUUUAAUCGCUGUUAUGUCAGUGAAACGCAACACUCUGCAAACUUACUUACUUUAAAAGCCCUCUGGAAGUUCAUGGGACAAAUUGCCUAUUGUUUCCAGUAGGCUUUUAAUUUGAAAUAUUAGCAGGAAGUGUUGAGGUUCAGUAUCUGUAAUGUAACAGUAAUAAUAAUUAAAAAAAAACACUGCAAUUUUGAAGCCACUGGAAAUAAUCAGUGAAUGAAAACAGUAUCCUGUUACAGAAGUGAAAUGUGAGUAUGACAUGAGUCUGUUGUUCAAGUGAAUGAACACUGUGGAAAUGAUACUGAAUUUUAGCAGGUGAGACAGUCCACCCCCUCUGCGUUUGAACCCAACCAUUAUUAGUUGUUUGGCUGUUAUUAAACACCCUUCUGUUAUUUGAAUACCAGCUUUUAUAUAGAAAAUGUAUGCCAUGAUGUUAUAGGAAGUAUGUUUUGUUUCAAUUCUCCAAGCUUCCUCAUAUCUACAAAUAUGCUUUUUGUGUUGCGUAUCCUAUCCUAACUAUAUGUGAUAUUCUACUGGCUUACACUGUACUGUUUGCACACAACUAGAUCAAAAGGUAAGUGUGGUGCACACUUUGAAAAAAAAAAAAAAAGGAAUAAGAGUCAGAUUAUGAAAUGCAAAAUGCAAGCAACUCCUGAAGUAGUGGAUAUUUGUAAGAGGGAUAUUCUUUUGUAUACAAAUGUAUUCUCACAUUUCUCCUGUCACCAUUUUUAAUGUAUUCUAAAGGAAAUAAAUUGUAACUGAUUCUUCCACA